UCUAGUUAGGCAGCACACUUGGUUUUUAGGACACUACCUUUCUUUGCUCUUCAUUAACACCCAUCAGCUCAGUCCACUCGCUAAUUCUGGAGGAACUACACCUUUUAAAAAUAAUUUCUAGCGCUUCACGUCCAACUGACACGAGCAUAUCGGACUUCGUCUCUCAUAUGUGGAGUACAUUUGGGAUUCUUGAGUGAUUUGAGCAGAAGUUUGAGCUGUUAUUGGUUUUACAGGAGCUAAUGUUAGCCUGCUAGCUCUUAAUCUGUUUAUUAACCUCAUCAAAUCAACAUGAAGAUCACUGUGGAUUUUGAGGAAUGUCUCAAGGACUCACCUAGAUUCAGGGCGACGAUCGAGGAGGUGGAGGGAGAUGUCUGUGAGCUGGAGUCCAAACUAGACAAGCUGGUGAAACUCUGCAUCGGGAUGAUAGAUGCUGGAAAGGCGUACAACACGGCCAACAAGCAGUUUGUGAACGGGAUUCGGGAGUUGGCACAGCAGUCCGCCAAAGAUGAUGUCAUUGAGUCCAGUCUCACCACGUUUGCAGAGAAUCUUCAAGAGAUGAUCAACUACCACACGAUUUUAUUUGACCAAGCACAGCGAUCCAUCAAAUCUCAACUCCUGGCGUUUGUGCGAGAGGACCUUCGGAAGUUUAAAGAGGCCAAGAAACAGUUUGACAAAGUGAGCGAGGAGAAAGACGCAGCGCUGUCCAAAAAUGCCCAGGCGGCCCGGAACAAACCGCACGAGGUGGAGGAGGCCACCAACAUCCUCAACGCCACACGCAAGUGCUUCCGCCACAUCGUCCUGGACUACGUGCUGCAGAUUAAUGUGCUCCAGUCGAAGAGGCGAUCGGAAAUCCUCAAAUCGAUGCUGUCGUUCAUGUACGCCCACCUGACCUUCUUCCAUCAGGGCUAUGAUCUGUUCAGUGAACUACAACCCCUCAUGAAGCACCUGACUGGACAGCUGGAUCAGCUGGUUAUGGAUUCGGCCAAAGAGAGGAAGGAUAUGGAGACGAAACACUCGACUAUUCAACAGAAGGCCACACUACAGGACUUCUCAAAUGAUGACACUAAGCUUGAGUACAAUGUGGAUGCUGAGAAUGGGAUUGUCAUGGAGGGUUAUCUGUUCAAGAGGGCCAGUAACGCCUUCAAAACAUGGAACAGGCGAUGGUUCUCCAUUCAGAACAAUCAGCUAGUGUACCAAAAGAAAUUUAAGGAUAACCCUACAGUUGUGGUGGAGGACUUGCGCCUGUGCACCGUCAAACACUGCGAGGACAUCGAGCGCAGGUUUUGUUUCGAAGUUGUUUCUCCAACCAAGAGCUGCAUGAUGCAAGCGGACUCUGAGAAGCUCAGGCAGGCCUGGAUCAAAGCCGUCCAGAACAGCAUCGCCACCGCCUUCAGGGACCGAGCAGAGGACGCAGAGAAGAUGGACAGAAAGUCGUCCACCUCGACCGGCAGUCUGGACUCUGCGGGCGAAGCGAAGGAGAAGUCUCUGAAGGGGGACGGUGCGCUGCAGAAGGUCAUGGCCAUCGCUGGGAACAGCAGCUGCUGUGACUGUGGGCAACCGGACCCGUGCUGGGCCAGCAUCAACCUGGGCAUCACUCUCUGCAUACAGUGCUCCGGGAUACACAGGAGUCUUGGAGUUCAUUUCUCUAAGGUCAGAUCUCUGACGCUGGACACAUGGGAGCCUGAACUGCUCAAGGUGAUGUGUGAGCUGGGAAAUGGAGUCAUAAAUCAGAUCUACGAAGCUCGACGAGAAGAACUAGGAGCCAGAAAACCACAACCAGGAGAUCCGAGGCAUGAGGUGGAGGCCUACAUUAAAGCCAAGUAUGUGGAGCGACGGUUUGUGCAGAGACGGUCGGAAGAUGAGAUCAGACAGAAGGUUUUAUCACUGAGUAAACAAGAUAAACGUCUCAGCGACUGCUCAGAUGCUCAACCUACAAGUGGACCGUCAACGUCAAAACCCCAUCCAGCCUCGGGCGCCUCUGCGCACCACGAGUCUCUCUUCUGUGUAGAUGAGCUUGAUUCUCUCUUCUCCUACUUUAACUCGUCCGCCAAGCCUCGCCGCUUGAAAAGUGCCGACGGUGAGGUGCAGAACCAAUCAGAAGGCAGCACGAGCGCGUCCUCCAACACGCUCAACAACACGGAUCCCCCAGAGGAGUGUCCCGGGAAAGCUGUGGUGGUGUUCCUGGAGCCGAAGCAGUUCAGCCCGGGGCUGCAGCUGUACUGGGCCUCGUUCGCACGCAGUUUACCCGACAUGGCCGAAGCUCUGGCGCACGGGGGCGGAGUCAACUGGACCAACACAGACGAUGGCAACAGGACUCCGCUCAUCAUGGCCGUUCAUGGGGGGUCUCUCGUCACCUGUGAAUUCCUGCUCCAGAAUUCAGCCAGUGUCAACCAGCUGGACGAGCUGGGCCGAGGACCUUUACAUCACGCCACUAUACUGGGCCAUACUGGACAAGUGUGUUUAUUUCUAAAACGUGGAGCCAAUCAGAACGCAGCAGACGCAGAGAAUCAAACGCCACUCACAAUCGCAGUCGAGGCAGCAAACGCUGACAUCGUCACAUUGCUUCGGCUGGCCAAGAUGAACGAGGAGAUGCGAGAAUCGGAGGGUCCGUACAGUCACUCAGGAGAUGAAACGUACCAGGACAUUUUCCAGGACUUCACCCAGAUGGCCUCAAACGACCCGGACAAACUGAACCGCUACUGAGCGAACGGCUGGUAUAAUCACUCCAUAACAACCUCCUCAUUUUUUUUAUGGGAUUUUUUUCAUCAGUAGGUAUUUCUCACGUGACAAUGGGACAUCUUAUAAAGGUGUUUUUUUUUUUAUAAAAUCAGUAUUGUUGCCCACAUAAUCUGAGCAGCACCAGUUGAAUUAUAUUGCGUUUUUUUUUUUUUGUCUUUUUAAUGUAAAUGUAGUGUUUAAUUCAUUGCUUAAUCAGUAUAUCUAUAUAGAAUCUCUUGAUGAAUGUAAUUGAGCCAUAGGAUCUAACUUAUGAAACAUACCAAACAAUUUUUAAGUAAAUGCAUCAAUGUACACAUUCGUGGGCCCAUUUUUUUAGCUAAAUAUUACAUUUUAGUGUAGUAAGUUUACAUAAUACCAAUUUCAACAAACUAUACUUUUAUUAUGUUCAUCAUGUAUUUAAUUGCAGGUUGAUGAUGUUUAAAUGCAUAUUUGAAUGGAAAUCUUGCGUGUGUUAGCAUGUACACCCCACUGUUUUCUUAGUUCAAACAGCAUACACGUGAAUCAUAAUCCGACCACUGAGUAAGGGGUGUAAAUUAUGUAUAUUCUGUACAUACAUCGUCUUGGGCUGGGAAACAUUUGGUGUUUUGUGGUACUUUAAAUGUUGUAAUAACCUUGUUUGCAUGUCUUCUAUAUUUCAUUCUGAGUGUGUGAUUCUCUGUAUGAUUCAUGCAGUUUUUAAGAUUAUUUUAUCCAAUGCGAAUGUCGACUGAAAAUAUCUCAAGAUAUAUUAUAAAAUGUUUUCUCUACCA